AUGAGGUGCCCCGGGAAACUGGGUCUGAAAGCAGACCUCCGUGUUGGCACUGGGGGUUCAGGGACAGGCAUGUGCGUGCGCCCUGCUCAGGCCCAGGCCGCAGACCCGGGCCGGCUUCCCGGUGGCAGGAGCAACGACGCACUCAACUCCAGGCCGACAAGCAAGCUUCCUCCAGGCAGGCAGAGGCGCAUCGUACCCGAUCUGCUGUGGCUCCCCUGCUGUGCCUUCCUUUUUCCUCCCCGGGGAACACUCUCGCCUCUCCUCUCUUCUCUUUUGCUGGGGCCUGGCCGGUGUAGGAGUCUCGCCUGGUGCCUGGUCGAGAAGCGCUCGGGCCUCCCGAAAGCUUGGCGCUCGGUCCUGGAUCGGGGACUUUCUCCACCCCCGCAACACCCCACUGAGCCUGAACCAUCUGGAAGGGAUCUAGGUGGGGGGUGGGAAGAGACGGCCCCUGGGAAGGUGGAAGGGGUGAUUCUAGGCCUCACCGUCCCCCGAGGUGUCACUUUUCUUUCCUGUGGCCCGUCACCGCUGAUGAAUGGGACAGAGGCAGAGGAAGGAAAAAGAAAACCUCUGAGGUCAGCGCCGGGCGAGGCGGGCCCUUCCGAGGGCCCCGCAGCCCCAGGAGCGCAAAGCGCCCCCGGCUGCGUUCCACUACCCCAGGCGCGGUCCGGCCCAACGUUCCCCGGGGAGCUUGGAGGCACAGCGGCAACAGAGGCUCAGCGGGGUGUCACGGAUGACCAAGCUUCACCGGAUCGGGUAGGGGUGGGUGGGCUGGACUGGGUGCCGCCUCUGCUGGAGCCCCUGCCCACCUUUCUUUCUCCCCGGCCCGGGUCUUCGGCUCCUCGAAUCAGUGCGUGCCUGGCAUCCGAUUUUCCCACGGGCGACCCGCUCGCCGCCGGGGACCACUUUUGCCCCGCCUGA